AUGGGGGAUCCAGAGUCAAUAGCAGUGAGGUUUGCACUCUAUAAAUCUAUAGGGGAUCCAGAAUCCAUAGCAGUGAGGUUUGCACUCUAUAAAUCUAUAGGGGAUCCAGAAUCCAUAGCAGUGACGUUUGCACUCUAUAAAUCUAUGGGGGAUCCAGAGUCAAUAGCAGUGAGGUUUGCACUCUAUAAAUCUACAGGGGAUCCAGAAUCCAUAGCAGUGAGGUUUGCAAUCUAUAAAUCUACAGGGGAUCCAGAAUCCAUAGCAGUGACGUUUGCAAUCUAUAAAUCUAUAGGGGAUCCAGAAUCCAUAGCAGUGAGGUUUGCACUCUAUAAAUCUAUAGGGGAUCCAGAAUCCAUAGCAGUGAGGUUUGCAAUCUAUAAAUCUAUAGGGGAUCCAGAAUCCAUAGCAGUGAGGUUUGCAAUCUAUAAAUCUAGAGGGGAUCCAGAAUCCAUAGCAGUGAGGUUUGCACUCUAUAAAUCUAUAGGGGAUCCAGAAUCCAUAGCAGUGAGGUUUGCACUCUAUAAAUUUAUAGGGGAUCCAGAGUCAAUAGCAGUGAGGUUUGCAAUCUAUAAAUUUAUAGGGGAUCCAGAAUCCAUAGCAGUGAGGUUUGCAAUCUAUAAAUCUAUAGGGGAUCCAGCAUCCAUAGCAGUGAGGUUUACAAUCUAUAAAUCUAUAGGGGAUCCAGCAUCCAUAGCAGUGAGGUUUACAAUCUAUAAGGGAUCCAGCAUCCAUAGCAGUGAGGUUUAUACAUUGUAUCUUUAG